AUGGCUACCGCUACUGUUAUCGAUGUGAACGAUCCCGGUGCGCCAAUUGUGCAAAAGUAUGCUCUCGAAGCAGCGAAGCGCUUGAGAGAGGACGGUAUGAAUCAGUAUGAGCAGCUUCACUUUAGCAAAAAUGAACGUCUGCAUAAUCUUGUUAAAGAUAUAUGGGCCGAUCACGAUGCACUUGAUGCACUUCCUUUGCCCAUUCAAAGCGAUGGUCGCGUCAAGUUUUUCAUCAUUGGAGCCGGGAUAGCCGGAAUUAUCAUGUCAAUCAAACUGAUCAAAAAGGGAUUCAAACCUGAAGAAAUACUUAUGGUUGAUACCGCUGGCGGGAUUGGAGGAACUUGGUACUGGAAUCGGUACCCGGGAUUACAUUGUGACGUUGAGUCAUAUUGCUAUAUUCCCUUUUUGGAAGACACAGGAUAUAUGCCUAAGAAAAAGUAUUCCUCCAGUUCUGAGAUUCGCAAGUACCUGGAGCAGCUUGUCGACAAGUUUGGGUUGACUAAUCGAGUCUUGUUCCGCACGCAAGCCAACAAACUCGAAUGGAACGACGAGAUCAAGGCCUGGAAGGCUAGUGUAGUUAUUAGACGUGGUCCAGAAGGAAAGCAAGAGGAAAAUCUUUCGUUCUAUGCUGAGAUGGCUACCAUUGCCACUGGUCCGCUUCCUUACCCAAAAGUACCCAGAGUACCUGGAUUGGCACAGUUUUCCGGACCAUUGCUCCAUGCAACGCGUUGGAGUUAUGAUAUCACCGGAGGCUCCGCCAAUGACGAAAUGCCAGACAUGAUCAAGCUCAGAAACAAGGUAGUGGGUAUCAUCGGUACAGGUGCCACUACAAUCCAGCUUGUUCCACAAACAGCUAGGUUCGCCAAGGAUGUCUAUGUAUUCCAACGCACACCUCCUCAGGUGUACUCUCUAGGUCAACGUGAUACAGAUCCUGAGGAUUGGCAUCAGAGGAUAGCCGCGAAGCCUGGCUGGCAACGAGCUCGGAGGGAAGCCUUUGCAGAAGCGGUGGUUGGGAAUCUGAAAUUGGAAGAUGAAGACCCCAAUCAUGGAUGGUUACAAGUAAAAAGCUUCGGCUCCCUCUACGGUAACGCUCGAUUUGGUAAUGUUACACGUGACAAAGUGCAGGAGCAUAUUGGUAAAUUGCUCGCGCUCGAUUCGAAAAACAGUGAAAGAGUUCGCUCGAGGAUAUCGGAAAUUGUUAAAGACAAAGAAACGGCUGCAAAGAUGACGCCUUGGUACCCGACAUGGUGCAAGCGUCCGACUUUUAGUGACCAGUAUCUGGAAGCCUUCAACAACAGCAAUGUCCACAUGGUUGACACAGAUGGGGCUGGAAUCGAAAGCGUCACAACGAAGGGUGUUGUUGCCAACGGUCAAGAAUAUCCAGUUGAUAUCCUUAUUCUAAGCACUGGGUAUCGUUCACCGCGUGCUAGAGGGGCUCCAGGGGCGCGUACCGGCACGGAGAUUAUUGGUCGUCAUGGGCGUCAAAUAUCAGAAAAGUGGGAAACACAGGGCGUCAGCACUUUCCAAGGAGUUCUAACCAACGGGUUUCCCAAUCUCUUCAUGCUAGGUAUGGAUCAGAGUACCGCAACAGCAAACUGGGCCCAUGUCAUGGAUGUGAUGACUGAGCACGCGACUUCUAUUAUUGAAAUUGCCUCUAGGAAGACAUUGGAUAGAGGGGGAACUGUAGUGAUUGAGCCUUCAGUUGAGGGAGAAGAAGGGUGGGGCACGGCGAUUGCGAAGGGCUCGGGCCUCUUCGGCGCAAACAUUAUCUGCACGCCAGGGCAUCAAAAUCUGGAGGGUGAAACACUGAAGAUGCCGGCGCCGGAUGACCAUGAAGCAAUGAUGAAGAGGGCAAAGUCAGUGAUUUGGGGCGGAGGUAUAGUGGACUUUACCCGAAUGUUAGAGAGGUGGCGUGAGGAUGGCAAGUUGGAGGGUCUUGAAGUGACUGUAGGUUGA